GGGUGGCAGAAGCGUCGGUGUGUUGUGUUUGUGUUAGCCGGACUGCGGAGCUCCAGGAGGGGGCCAGGCUGUGGAGGCUGUGCGGAGCCGCUGCUGGAUGUCCGCUUGUGUCCGCUGUGUUUCCGGUUCCAGACGGUAGGAAAGCAGACUCGAUGGCUGCCGUGUGUCGAUGGUUGUUGAUCCACUGUUUCCUCGUCUCCUCCUCGGCUCAUAAUGACCUUUUCACCUCCAUCGGUCAGAUGACAGACCUGCUGUUCACAGAGAAAGACCUGGUCACGUCUCUGAAGGACUACAUCCAAGCAGAGGAGAACAAGCUGGAGCAGAUCAAGAAGUGGGCCGACAGACUGGACGUCCUGUCGGCGGCUGCCAUGCAGGACCCCGAGGGUUUCCUGGGGCACCCGGUGAACGCCUUCAAGCUGAUGAAGAGGCUGAACACCGAGUGGGCGGAGCUGGAGAACCUGGUGCUCAAGGACAUGUCUGACGGGUUCAUCUCCAACCUGACCAUCCAGAGGCAGUUCUUCCCCAACGAUGAGGACCAGACCGGAGCGGCCAAAGCCCUGCUGAGGCUGCAGGACACCUACCAGCUGGACACCAACACCAUCUCCACUGGAGACCUGCCAGGCUCGUCGUCUUUGGCGACCCUCAGCAGCGUCCUGACGGUGGACGACUGCUACGACCUGGGCAGGGUGGCGUACUCCGAGGCCGACUACUACCACACCGAACUGUGGAUGGCCCAGGCCCUGAGGCAGCUGGACCAGGGUGAGACCUCGUCCGCUGUGGACGAUGUCACGGUCCUGGACUACCUGAGCUACUCGGUCUACCAGCAGGGGGCGCUAGAGAGGGCUCUGGAGUUCACCAAGAGGCUGCUGCAGCUGGACCCCGCCCACCAGCGCGCCAACGGUAACCUGAAGUACUUUGAGUACCAGCUGGCGAAGCAGAGGAAAGUAGAGGUGAACAAGAGGGAGGAGCCUGAGUCCAGACAGAAGAGAGAGAUGGGAGGGCGGAGCAACGAUUAUCUACCAGAGAGGAAGAAAUACGAGCAGCUGUGUCGAGGAGAAGGCAUCAAGAUGACUCCUCGACGACAGAGCCGCCUCUUCUGCCGUUACUACGACAACAACCGCCAUCCGAGGUACGUGAUUGGUCCGGUGAAGCAGGAGGACGAGUGGGACCGCCCCCUCAUCGUCCGCUUCCACAGCAUCGUGUCAGAUAAGGAGAUGGACAAAGUCAAAGAGCUCGCCAAACCCAGACUCCAUCGAGCCACCAUCUCCAACCCUAUAACCGGCGUUCUGGAGACCGCACACUACCGGAUCAGCAAGAGUGCUUGGCUCGGAGCGUACGAACAUCCAGUCGUGGAUCAAAUCAACCAGAGGAUCGAGGACAUCACCGGCCUGGACGUCAGCACCGCCGAAGACCUGCAGGUGGCGAACUACGGCGUCGGUGGACAAUAUGAACCACACUUUGAUUUCGGACGGAAGGAUGAACCAGAUGCGUUUGAGGAGCUGGGGACUGGGAACCGGAUCGCCACCUGGCUGCUUUACAUGAGUGAUGUACAGGCAGGAGGCGCCACUGUCUUCACGGACGUAGGAGCCGCUGUUCUACCAAAAAAGGGGACAGCGGUGUUCUGGUACAACCUGUUUCCCAGUGGAGAAGGAGACUAUCGGACCCGACACGCCGCCUGUCCUGUUCUGGUUGGAAAUAAGUGGGUUUCUAAUAAGUGGAUCCAUGAACGAGGUCAGGAGUUCAGGAGGAGGUGUGGCCUCAAGGAGACGGACUGAGCGCUCCUCCUCCUCCUCCGCCUCCUCCUCACCUUCGUUUGUCUGCGUCUCCUCUUCUUCGUGUCCGAUCUGAUCCGAACUGUUCGAGGGAGUUUCUACUGUGAAAGCAGAUCCCUUCAUUUAUGCCCUGAGGUUCCAUUCAUUUACACCAGAAGGAUUGUAUUUUUUUAAGGAUUUAACGAGAACGUUCUGUCAACGAACACAGACGAAUAUAAAUAAUAUCAAAUUUACACAAAUGGACAAAAGUAUGUGGACACGUUGAAUCCAGGUGUUUGUGUUCUAACAGGGCUCUGGGUCCAAAACAAUAAGGACUCAUGUUAGAAUAGAGUUG